GUNAUUUACUAAGGCCUGUCAUACUGUCGUGUUUUGGUAACAAAACAUCUUUUGAGACCAAGGCCCCAAGCCACCAAGGAAAAUGAAGGGCCUCUACCAGGCUGCUGGUCGGAUUCUUGUCACUCUGGGGAGCCUCAGUGUAUGCUCUGGAGUUGCUGCUUUCUUCCCUGUCUUUUCUUACAAGCCUUGGUUCGCAGGUUGGAGUGUUCGGAUUGCUUGUCCCAUCUGGAAUGGAGCUUUGGCCAUCACAACUGGUGUGCUCCUACUGCUGGCUUACAGAGCGUGGACCCAGAGACACCUGUGGGAAGCUACUUUCACCUUCGUGAUUUUGAGCAUUAUGGGAUGUCCACUUCACUUUGCGGUAGCCUUGGAAUCUGCUCUCCUGGGCCCACAUUGCUUCUAUUCAUUUUCAGGGAUUGCAGGCACUAAUUACCUUGGCUAUGCAGUCGCUUUUCCUUAUCAGUAUGCAAAAUUCCCUUUAGCCUGUGUGGACCCACCACACUAUGAAGAGUACCACCUAACACUUCAAGCCCUCGAUCUGUGCCUGAGCUUUGCCCUGCUCUGUACAUCCCUGACAGUGUUCAUCAAACUUUCUGCAAGACUUAUCCAGCAUGGACACAUAAACAAAGAGGUUCUUCUAGACUUCCACCUCUCUUGUAAAACCAGCAGACUCUCCGAUAGUGUGUCUUCUCCAGGACUGGAUGUUCUGCAUUGAGACCAUAACUUGGAGCUCCUAGUCUACAGCACCCACAAUGCCUAAAGCAGCUUUCUUGGCAGCAAAGGUUUUUGAAGCAUGGAGAACAGAACCUUUCUACAUUAUUUUUCACAUUGACGAGUGUUUUAUAAUUGCUUUACUUAGCAAGCCUGGAAAAUAUGUAAGUAGUCAUCAGUUUUACAGAUGGGAGAAUUAAAGUUCAGAAAGGCUAAAUGACUUGCCUUAAAUCGUCACAAAAUUGUGUCAUUAGAGCGUUAAAUGAGAACUCUCUUUUCGAUUAAAAUUACGUACUUCUUGGGAUGAAGACAAAUGAUACAGUAAUGCAGGAAGUACACAUGUUGACCUAAUAAAGGGGCGGAGGUGGAACCCAGAGAAAGAGGUGAAGGAAGAGUGGGAGGGCACAGAGAGAUCCAACAGAAACCAAAGGUUGUAGGAAAAAAUAAUUGUAGGAAAAAAUAACAGCUUAAAAAUCCUUAUUGUAUGUGUUCAUGGUGAGUGUGGUCCUGAUUUGAUCCACGUGAUGCCAAGAGGCUCAGCUUCAUUCUUAGAAAAGCAGGAUGAAGGCUUCCCUUCUACCCUGGUACUUGAUACCACCUCAAACUCCUAGACAGCUACCAGCCCGGCACCCUAAAUCAUACUGGGACUACCAAGCUGCCUCCAGAAAAGGGCAGAGGCUGGGAAGGCUGCACUUUCCUCCAUUGGCUCACCCCUCAGUUCCUCAUGGCAUCGCUUCUCAGCCUUUUGGCUAAGAUCAAGUGUAGUUCCUCAUGGCACGGUUGACACAAGGCUGUUGAGUGGAACAUUCUCUACUCAAGGUUCGAUGUUGAUGAGAGGAAAUGUCUCUGGAAAGAUGCAUAUGGAGCUGGUAUCGGUGAUUGCUUCUGGGGAGAAUCAGUGUCUGGAGUAGGCGGGAAGCGAGGAAGGCUUCCUUUUACGGUAUUCCCUUUGUGUAGCUUUUAGAUUUUGUACUCGAUGUAUUUAUUACCUACUCAGUAAUAAAAAAUAAGACAAAAGCAUGAAUGGUCUGUAUAUAAUUGUGUUCAGAGUCCGAAUGAAUAAAGACACCCUCUUACAAAGUUUCACUCAUCUUGCAUGUUCUUCACAUGUACCCCAAAACCUAAAAUGCAAUAAAAAUUAAUUAAUUAAUUAAUUAAAAGUUUCACUCAUGGGCAUGUCUCAGUUCCUGGGCUGGCUUUUUCUGGCUUGGAACGAUUCCUCUAGUCCUUUCCUCUCGUAGGCACAGUCAUAUUUCAAUUCUUCAAAUGAGAAUGUUCAUUCACUUAAACCCCAACGUCCUCACCACCACAAUGACAUGCCUUGCCCUAGAAUUCCUCUCAACAACCAGAACAAUCCACAGGACACAAUAACUAAAAGGAAUCCAGUUCUCAAAUCUGAAUAAUUUCAUCUAGAAAAACAAUUACAGAAUUUUCUAUUCACUCUGGCUUACAAGUGAAUCCACAGUGGCCUUUGGUGACCCAGUUCCCAAAAUUUUCAAGGUCCCUCUGCCAGGGUCAAGUAGAGACAUGACUCCUCGUUCUCUUUGUGAAUAUACUUAGAUCUUCUGAUCUUGACUCUGGUGCCCUGUGGGUAAAACACACACCCACAUACUUCUGAAAGACAAACAGUUCUUAAAGAUCAUACUGUCUAAACUAAAUCACAUUAAAUGGAAAAAUCUUCUAACAGCUCUGACAAUCUACAAAGACUUAUCCUAGAAUAAACCCUGAAAGUAGACCUUUACAUGAUUACCUCAUGCCAUUUUUCUUCUCCUUUCUUCAAUCUCCAACUUCCAAACUAUGGCCCAUGGGUUUGCUAGUGACAAAGACAAUGCCCAUCACAAUUCCUGCUCACACAGAAGACCCAUUCAUCCCUGAUUUUUACCCUUAACUACACACAAAGAAAACUGGCAGACACUGAAUUCACAGGUGUAGACUUAGGCCUACUUGAAUUUUUAGGUAGGGAUUUCUAGUGCACCAAUUGUCUCUGUGAGUGGAAUAAGGUCUGUGAAACAUUCACUUACGACUGUCCUUCCCACCAGCUAGCAAAAGCUGCCAUGAUGACAUUUAGGAAUUGUUUUGUUUUUAUUUUUAUUUGCCUAUUUCUUUACAUUAUGUAAUGUAAGCUUGGCCUAUUAUAAAGAAUAAAUGUGAAAAGGGCAAAUGAAAUGAUUAAUAGUCUAGAGGUGAGCAUUGUUUACUAUAUCCUAGUUUUAAUUUUUCCUAAGCCAUUUUAAAAUAAAAUUGGGACUCUAUUGGAUAGAGCAUUACAAGACUGCUUCUCGUGGAAAGAAUGCUCCCACAUGCCUUUUACAACACCUAGAUGCUAGAUACUUGCUUUUACAAUACUCUUUCCUUAUACACAGUUUUCUGUGUUUCAUUUCUAAACCACAUUCAACCUCAGUCCAGAAAUAUUACAUACAAUAUUUUGAGAGAGGAAAACUACAUUCACAUAACUUUUGUUACAGUAUAUUUUUAUCAUAUUCUAUUUUCAUUAUUAAAUUAUUGCUGUUAAUUUCUUACUAUGCCUAAUUUAUAAAUUAAACUUUCUCAUAGGUAUGUAUGUAUGCAUAGAAAAAAGCAUAGCAUUGAUAGGGUUCAGUACUAUCUGGAGUUUCAGGCAUGCACUGGGGAUCUUGAAACAUGUCUCCCAGGGAUAAAGGGAGUCUACUGUAUCUGAAUUCCGAUAUAACUCACAUUCCAUAAGAUUUAUCUUUUUAAAAUGUAAAAGCCAGUGGUUUUUAGCAUAUUCACAAAGUUAUGCAACCAUCACUACUAUCUGAUUCCAGAACAGUUGCAUGAUCCAGAAAGAAACUUCAUACCUCUAAUAGCAGUCACCCUCCACCCUCUCUACUGUAAGCCUCUGGCAACCAAUAAGCUACUUUCAAUCUCCAGGGAUUUGCCUACUUUAGAUAUAUUAUACAAAUGAAAUCACACAACAAAUGGCCUUUUAAGACUGGCUUCUUUCACUUACCAUAAUGUGUUCAAAGCUCAACCAUUUAUCAGUACUUCGUUCCUUUUUGUGACUGAGUGAUAUUCCGCUGUAUGAACAUAUUAAUUUUGUUUCUCCAUUCAUCAUUUGAUGAACAUUUGUGUUGUCUCUGGGUCGGGACUGUUAUAAGUAAUACUGUUAUAAACAUUUGUGUACAGGUUUCUGAGUGAACAUAUGUUUCAUUUCUCUUGGGUAUAUACCUAGGAGUAGAAUUACUGGAUCAUAUUGUAACUCUAUGUUCAACGAUUUAAGGAAUUCUCAAACUUCCUUCCAAAGCAGCUGCACCAUUUUAAAGUCACACCAGCGGUGUAUGAAGGUUCCAAUUUCUCCACAUUCUUACUAAGGCUUGUUAGUAUCUUUCUUUUUUUAUUAUAGCUAUCAAAUAGCGGUUGUGAAGUGGUAUAUCAUUAAGGGUUUGAUUUACAUUUCCCUGACGAGCUAAUCAUGAAUAUCUUCACAUUUUAUUGGUCAUUUACAUAUCUUCUGUGGGGAAGUAUCCAUUCAGAUGCUGUGCUUAUUUUUAAAUUGCGCUAUAUGUCUUACUGUCGAGUUGUAAGAGUUCUUUAUAUAUUCUGGACACUAGACUCUUAUCAGAUAUAUGAUUUGCAAA